AUGGCCCGCUACUUGUCAAACAUCUACGCAUUCUUGUUCGUCGUUCUCGCCUUGCUAGCCGUGUCAGCUCUGGCCGCUCCAUCCCCGCAAGCCCCACCGCCGAAACCCAAGCCAGCCAUUGACGUUACUCCCGGGACCAUCGGUCGCCCUCCAAAGCCGCCCGUGCUCCCCAAAACGAACUUACCAAAAGGCGAGAGAGUUCCCGUUAAAGUUAACAAAUAUCCGAGCCCUCCUCCUCAGAAUGGGGCAGGCAGGCCUGUUACUCCUACCCGACCCGGCGGCGUUGGUAAUCCGAAAAAAUGA